UCUCGUCUGCAUUCGGUCGACGCUCAGCUCCCUCUCGCAAGCAACAUGAAGCCUGUAUCGAUGCUUCUGGCCGUAGCAAUGGCCCUAACAUGCCUGGUGAGCUGGAGCACCGCCAUGCCUGCCCCUGACCCCGUGGCUGACCCUGACCCGGUGGCUUUCCCUGAUGCCGUGGCUGACGCUGCCCCUGCGGCUGACCCUCACCUCGGCUACGGAUAUGGUGGAUAUGGGGGACGUGGAGGAGGCUAUGGAUAUGGUGGUUUUGGAGGCUUGAGCUACGGGGGUCGUGGCAACUACGGAUACGGCGGACAUGGAGGUUACGGAUACGGCGGUCGAGGAAAUUACGGUUACGGAGGUGGUCGCUAUGGCUAUGGACGUGGCAGCUUUUAUGGAUAAUCGACUUCCUGACGUCAGGCUCUUCCACUGCAAAUGGCAGGAAUCAAAAUAAGCAGCUGAUGUGUUACUUAUUACAGAACAGGCUUAAUAGUAAUUGUCUCGGAAAACUUGGCACUGUUAUUUAGAAUUUGGUCUCAACUAAAUAAAUUUCUACUACUA